AUGACCGCCUUUGAUGAAUUCCUCGACCUGAUGUAUGGUAAAGAAGUUCCGAGGAAACGAACAAUAUCUCAUGUCGAAAGCUCUGUUCCUAUCCCUGUUCAACCUCCAGCUGCUUUCCCCAAGCGAGCCAAAGUCACACCCUCGCAACCUUUACCCUACAUCUUGACUGAAAAAGAUAUGAGCUUGGCGGAUUUUCAGAAGGAGUUGAACGCCGACAAAGAGAGGUUAAGAAGAUCGACUCUGCAAUCUGCAUCUAUAUUGGACAAAAGCAAAUCUUCUCAACAGACUCAAGCAUUGGAGCAAUGUACAUCUUUUCCAACUUCGGCUCCCACUGUAACGAGUGAAAAUCGAAGCAUUCCAGUUUCAAUCCCAUUAUCAGCCACCCCUAUCGUACCACAGAACCCGACACCUCCAUACAAACGGCCAUCGGAACCUUCACCUACGCUUCCGACCUCAAGUUCGCCGUCAUCGGGUGUUCAGAAGCAGUCCUCAUGUAUGGAAAAUCACCCUCUCGGAACCGUACCAUUACUCCGGUGGAGAACUCGAUCUGCGUCCGAUCCCGAACCUCAGGGCCAGGGCUCACCAGAACCCAGCCAGAGUCAUUCAAUAUGA